AUGCCUGCUGCAACAACACGUCUGCAACAACACGUCUGCUGCAACAACACGUCUGCUGCUAAAACACGUCUGCUCUGCAACAACACAUCUGCUGCAACAACACGUCUAAAACAACACAUCUGCUGCAACAACACGUCUGCAACAACACAUCUGCUGCAACAACACGUCUGCAACAACACGUCUGCUGCAACAACACGUUUGCAACAACACAUCUGCUGCAACAACACGUCCGCUGCAACAACACGCCUGCUGCGACAACACGUCUGCUGCAACAACAUGUUUGUUGCAACAACACGUCUGCUGCAAACACACGUCUGUAACAACAUGUCUGCUGCAACAGCACGUCUGCUGCAACACGCCUGCUGUAUCAACACGUCUGCAGCAACAACACGUCUGCUGCAAAACACGUCUGCAGUAACAACACGCCUGCUGCAACAGCACGCCUGCAGCAACAACACGUCUGCUGCGACAACACGUCUGCUGCGACAACACGCCUGCUGCAACAACACGCCUGCUCCAACAACACGCCUGCUGCAACAACACGUCUGCAGCAACAACACGUCUGCUGCAACAACACGUCUGCUGCAACAACACGUCUGCUGCAACAACACGUCUGCAGCAACAACACGCCUGCUGCAACAACACGCCUGCUGCAACAACACGUCUGCUGCGACAACACGUCUGCUGCGACAACACGUCUGCUGCGACAACACGUCUGCUGCAACAACACGUCUGCAACAACACGUCUGCUGCGACAACACGUCUGCUGCAACAACACGUCUGCUGCAACAACACGUCUGCUGCAACAACACGUCUGCUGCAACAACACGUCUGCUGCAACAACACGUCUGCUGCAACAACACGUCUGCAAAAACACAUCUGCUGCAACAACACGUCUGCAACAACACAUCUGCUGCAACAACACGUCUGCAACAACACGUCUGCUGCAACAACACGUUUGCAACAACACAUCUGCUGCAACAACAAGUCUGCUGCAACAACACGUCUGCUGCAACAACACGUCUGCUGCAAAAACACGUCUGCUGCAACAACACGUCUGCAACAACACAUCUGCUGCAACAACACGUUUGCAACAACACAUCUGCUGCAACAACACGUCUGCUGCGACAACACGUCUGCUGCGACAACACGUCUGCUGCGACAACACGUCUGCUGCAACAACACGUCUGCAACAACACGUUUGCUGCGACAACACGUCUGCUGCAACAACACGUCUGCUGCAACAACACGUCUGCUGCAACAACACGUCUGCUGCAACAACACGUCUGCUGCAACAACACGUCUGCAAAAACACAUCUGCUGCAACAACACGUCUGCAACAACACAUCUGCUGCAACAACACGUCUGCAACAACACGUCUGCUGCAACAACACGUUUGCAACAACACAUCUGCUGCAACAACAAGUCUGCUGCAACAACACGUCUGCUGCAACAACACGUCUGCUGCAAAAACACGUCUGCUGCAACAACACGUCUGCAACAACACAUCUGCUGCAACAACACGUUUGCAACAACACAUCUGCUGCAACAACACGUCUGCUGCAACAACACGUCUGCUGCAACAACACGUCUGCAGCAACAACACGUCUGCUGCAACAGCACGCCUGCUGCCACAACACGUCUGCUGCAACAACACGCCUGCUGCAACAACACGCCUGCUGCAACAACACAUCUGCAACAACACGUCUGCUGCAACAACACGUCUGCUGCAACAACACGUCUGCUGCAACAACACGUUUGCAACAACACAUCUGCGGCAACAACACGUCUGCUGCAACAACACGUCUGCAGCAACAACACGCCUGCUCCAACAACACGCUUGCUGCCACGACACGUCUGCUGCAACAACACGCCUGCUGCAACAACACGUCUGCUGCAACAACACGUCUGCUGCAACAACACGUUUGCAACAACACAUCUGCUGCAACAACACGUCUGCAGCAACAACACGCCUGCUCCAACAACACGCUUGCUGCCACAACACGUCUGCUGCAACAACACGCCUGCUGCAACAACACGCCUGCUCCAACAACACGCCUGCUGCAACAACACGUCUGCAGCAACAACACGUCUGCUGCAACAACACGUCUGCUGCAACAACACGUCUGCUGCAACAACACGUCUGCAGCAACAACACGCCUGCUGCAACAGCACGCCUGCAGCAACAACACGUCUGCUGCGACAACACGUCUGCUGCGACAACACGUUUGCUGCGACAACACGCCUGCUGCAACAACACGCCUGCUGCAACAACACGCCUGCUCCAACAACACGCCUGCUGCAACAAUACGUCUGCAACAACAACACGCCUGCUGCGACAACACGUCUGCAGCCACAACACGUCUGCUGCAACAACACGUCUGCUGCGACAACACCACGCCUGCAGCAACAACACGUCUGCUGCGACAACACGUCUGCUGCGACAACACGUCUGCUGCGACAACACGCCUGCUGAGACAACACGCCUGCUCCAACAACACGCCUGCUGCAACAACACGUCUGCAGCAACAACACGUCUGCUGCAACAACACGUCUGCUGCAACAACACGUCUGCUGCAACAACACGUCUGCAGCAACAACACGCCUGCUGCAACAACACGCCUGCUGCAACAACACGUCUGCUGCGACAACACGUCUGCUGCAACAGAACGUCUGCUGCAACAACACGUCUGCAACAACACGUCUGCUGCAACAACACGUCUGCUGCUAAAACACGUCUGCUGCAACAACACGUCUGCAACAACACAUCUGCUGCAACAACACGUCUGCAACAACACAUCUGCUGCAACAACACGUCUGCAACAACACAUCUGCUGCAACAACACGUCUGCAACAACACGUCUGCUGCAACAACACGUUUGCAACAACACAUCUGCUGCAACAACAAGUCUGCUGCAACAACACGUCUGCUGCAACAACACGUCUGCUGCAACAACACGUCUGCAACAACACAUCUGCAGCGACAACACGUCUGCAACAACACAUCUGCCGCAACAACACGUCUGCUGCAACACGCCUGCUGCAACAGCACGUCUGCUGCAACACGUCUGCUGCAACAACACGUCUGCUGCGACAACACGUCUGCAACAACACAUCUGCAGCGACAACACGUCUGCUGCAACAACACGUCUGCUGCAACACGCCUGCUGCAACAGCACGUCUGCUGCAACAGCAAGUUUGCUGCAACACGCCUGCUGCAAUAACACGUCUGCUGCAAAAACACGUCUGCUGCAACAACACGUCUGCUGCAACAACACAUCUGCUGCAACAACACGCCUGCUGCAACAACACGUCUGCAACAACACGUCUGUAACAACACCAACAAAACGCCUGCUGCAGCAACACGUCUGCUGCAACAACACAUCUGCUGCAACAACACGCCUGCUGCAACAACACGUCUGCAACAACACGUCUGUAACAACACGUCUGCUGCGACAACACGCCUGCUGCAACAACACGCCUGCUGCAACAACACGCCUGCUGCGACAACACGUCUGCUGCAACAACACGCCUGCUGCAACAACACGUCUACAACAACACGUCUGUAACAACACGUCUGUAACAACACGUCUGCUGCGACAACACGCCUGCUGCAACAACACGCCUGCUGCGACAAAACGCCUGCUGCAACAACACGUCUGCUGCAACAACACGCCUGCUGCAACAACACGUCUGCAACAACACGUCUGCUGCAACAACACGUCUGCAACAACACGUUUGCUGCGACAAUACGUCUGCUGUAACAACACGCCUGCUGCAACAACACGUCUGCAACAACACGUCUGCUGCAACAACACGUCUGCUGCUAAAACACGACUGCUGCAACAACACGUCUGCUGCGACAACACGCCUGCUGCGACAACACGCCUGCUGCAACAACGCGCCUGCAGCAACAACAACACGUCUGCUGCAACAACACAUCUGCUGCAACAACACGCCUGCUGCAACAACACGUCUGCAACAACAUGUCUGCAACAACACGUCUGUAACAACACGUCUGCUGCGACAACACGCCUGCUGCAACAACACGCCUGCUGCAACAACACGCCUGCUGCAACAACACGCCUGCUGCAACAACACGCCUGCUGCGACAACACGUCUGCUGCCACAACACGCCUGCUGCAACAACACGUCUGCAACAACACCAACAACACGCCUGCUGCAACAACACGCCUGCUCCAACAACACGCCUGCUGCAACAACACGUCUGCAGCAACAACACGUCUGCUGCAACAACACGUUUGCAACAACACGCCUGCUGCAACAACACGCCUGCUCCAACAACACGCCUGCUGCAACAACACGUCUGCUGCAACAACACGUCUGCAGCAACAACACGCCUGCUGCAACAGCACGCCUGCAGCAACAACACGUCUGCUGCGACAACACGUCUGCUGCAACAACACGUCUGUUGCGACAACACACCUGCUGCGACAACACGCCUGCUGCAACACGCCUGCUCCAACAACACGCCUGCUGCAACAACACGUCUGCAGCAACAACACGCCUGCUGCGACAACACGGCUGCAGCAACAACACGUCUGCUUCGACAACACGUCUGCAGCAACAACAUGUCUGCUGCGACAACACGUCUGCUGCGACAACACGUCUGCUGCAACAACACGUCUGGUGCGACAAUACGUCUGCUGCAACAACACGUCUGCUGCAACAACACGUCUGCUGCAACAACACGUCUGUAACAACAUGUCUGCUGCAACAGCACGUCUGCUGCAACACGCCUGCUGUAACAACACGUCUGCAGCAACAACACGUCUGCUGCAACAACACGCCUGCUGCAAUAACACGUCUGCUGCAACAACACGUCUGCUGCAACAACACGUCUGCUGCAACAACACGCCUGCUGCAAUAACACGUCUGCUGCAACAACACCACGUCUGCUGCAACAACACGCCGGCUGCAACGAAACGUCUGCUGCAACAGCACGUCUGCUGCAACGACACGUCUGCUGCAACACCUCUGCUGCGACAACACGUCUGCAACAACACGUCUGCUGCAACAACACGUCUGCUGCGACAACACGUCUGCAACAACACGUCUGCAGCGACAACACGUCUGCAACAACACAUCUGCUGCAACAACACGUCUGCUGCAACACGCCUGCUGCAACAGCACGUCUGCUACAACAACACGUCUGCUGCAACAACACGUCUGCAGCAACAACACGUCUGCUGCAAAACACGUCUGCUGCAACAACACGCCUCCUGCAAUAACACGUCUGCUGCAACAACACGUCUGCUGCAACAACACGUCUGCUGCAACACCACGUCUGCUGCAACAACACGCCUGCUGCAAUAA